AUGGAUCAGAAGCUUUUAGAAUACAGAAUAGCAGCACUGGAAUAUUUAGAUCAAACGGGUACGUUAGAAGACAUCAAAAGGACUUGCAGAACUCUUGGCGCACAAACAGAAAAGAAGCAUGCAGUGUUCAGAUUUUGUAUUCCAGUAGAACCAGAAGAUGUCUUGGAUUUGAAUGCAUCAUUUGGUAAUUUCAUCCUCAACAAACCAUCAGGAGCCUGUAAAAUAUUCCAGUCAGUAAUCUUCCGGGCCAUUCAGGUUCUUCAGCUGCUUCCCCAGUGUUCUGAUGCCAGUCAGGUGAUGGUGGUACUAAGACCACUGAGUUUACCUCGUCUAGAAAAGUAUUUCAUAAGCAGUACAAAAGACUUUCCCAAUCAUUCAGAAGGUCAGAGGUUAUAUAUGUAUGAAGGAAUUGUUACAGGCAAAACCAUCGCCACAAAAUAUACUCAGAGUGCAAGGUUUUACUGCCCAAUUGAAGGCUGUGAUGGUGGUCAAGGAAACAGGUACAUAAGACUUCACAGCUCAGGAGCCAGGGAGAUCCACACCAUCAGGAAAGAUUUUAAAUGUAGUUUUUGUGGCUCCCCAUUAGAAGAAGAUGUGAGUGAGAGAGUAUUGGCAGAUAAGGUUAUAAUUGAGAUGAUGGAUGAGCAAGCAUUCCAGUACAGUCAGUAUAUAUCUGACAUGGUGAGGUCUACACGAUUCCAGGCUCUAACAUUUUAUACAAGGGAUGAACUUUCUCAGGACAUUCAGAUAGGCAAGAAGUACACUGUGAUAGGGAUUCCUACCUAUGAAUUCCAGGAGAAUAACCAAGUGAAUGUAGCCCUGGAAGCUUCUAAUAUCAAUGUUGCUCAGGUACAUGUAUGA